AUGAAGAAAAAAUCGAAGUACAACCGCGGCACCCGCCACGAAGAUUACUGGCUCUUUGGGGGCGUAGACCGAACCACGAAGCAGUGGUUUGGUGUCGUGACGUUUGGCGAUCGGACCAAGCCGACCCUGUUGGCGCUGAUAAAAAAACACAUUCGUCCGGGGACCCACAUCAUCUCCGACAAGUUUGGAUCGCACGUUUCAACCAACGAGCAGCACACAUUGGCCAACAACGACUUGCUCGCCGGAAUGCGUUACACCCACUCGUGGGUUAACCAUUCCGAAAACUUCGUGAACCCAAGAAAUGGCGCCCACACCCAGCAAAUUGAAGGCGUUUGGGAAGUGCGUAUUAAGCAGUACAUUAAGGCUAUGCGUGGUGUGCGCAAAGAGCGCAUUCCAGCGUUCUUGGACGAAUACCUCUGGCGCAGUUGGUAUUUUGCCUCUGGAGCCAAAGGAAAGAAGUACUUCAAAGGACUUAUCCUAGGAAUUCGCCAUAAAUAUGGUCAAUAA